CAGUCAACCACCAUGACGGUAGAGAUGGUUGUAGUGUUCGGAUCGCUAGUGUUAGAUAACCGAUUAGAAAAGCAGAGACGAUAGAAUAUUGGUUAGAAUUUGUCUAUAAUGUUCUUCUGUAAUAUUCACAAUGAAGGAAUAAGAAAUGUCAAAGACAAUGACGAGGGACUACCAUCGAUUUUCGCUACCCUCGACUAGAUGUAAUGGAGGUUGGAUUGUGGUCGGUGUUUAGGCUUAACUUUAGCGGUUUGAGUCUUAGAAGCUAAAGGUUAAGGUGACUAUGGCGUCUGUAGCAGCUUGGUUACCUUUUGCUCGAGCAGCGGCUAUUGGAUGGGUACCGAUCGCUAAUAAUCCGUUGCCAGCUCCGCCGGUGACAAAAGAGCGAAGGAAACGAGAAGAUGAAAAGUUUACCAUUAAUGUUAGUGGAAGGAAAUUUCAGACUUGGAGAAAUACGGUCGAGAGGUUUCCGGAUACGUUGCUCGGUUCGAACGAACGCGAAUUUUUCUACGAUGAAGAGAGUAGAGAGUAUUUCUUCGAUAGAGACCCGGACAUCUUUCGCCACGUCCUUAACUAUUACCGUACAGGAAAGCUACACUAUCCCAGACACGAGUGUCUGUUGUCGUACGAUGAGGAAUUGGCGUUCUUCGGAAUCAUACCGGAUGUCAUCGGGGAUUGUUGUUACGAAGAAUACCGCGAUCGGAAGCGCGAAAACGCAGAACGUCUUCUGGACGAUAGAAUGUCCGAGACGAAUGACCAGAACGAGUUGGCUCACGGCACAAUUCGCCAGAGGAUGUGGCGAGCUUUCGAAAAUCCUCACACCAGCACCGCCGCCUUAGUGUUUUAUUACGUCACGGGUUUCUUUAUCGCUGUUUCUGUUGCUGCCAAUGUUUUUGAAACGAUUCCAUGUGGACGAGACGAAGCUACAGGAGAAACGUUGUCUUGUGGGGAAACCUACAAAGCAGCGUUUUUCUGUCUGGACACCGCCUGUGUUAUGAUUUUCACGGCAGAGUAUUUGUUACGGCUCUAUGCCGCUCCCAGCCGCUGUAAAUACACACGCAGUGUCAUGAGCAUUAUCGACGUGGUUGCUAUCCUUCCUUACUACAUCGGUCUGGGAAUUAAGGACAAUGACGAUGUAUCAGGAGCUUUUGUUACACUCCGUGUGUUUCGUGUGUUUCGCAUCUUCAAAUUCUCCCGUCAUUCCCAGGGACUCCGCAUUCUUGGUUAUACCCUCCAAAGUUGUGCCUCUGAGCUGGGAUUCCUUGUCUUCUCGCUGGCCAUGGCCAUCAUCAUUUUUGCUACUGUCAUGUUUUACGCAGAAAAAAACGUCGAAGGUACUACGUUCAAGAGCAUUCCCUCCGCCUUCUGGUACACCAUCGUAACCAUGACAACAUUGGGGUACGGAGAUAUGGUCCCGGAUACAAUUACAGGCAAGAUUGUUGGUGGUGUGUGUUCAUUGAGUGGGGUGCUCGUUAUUGCUCUUCCAGUUCCAGUUAUUGUAUCGAACUUCUCCCGUAUCUACCAUCAAAGCCAAAGAGCAGAUAAGAGGAAAGCUCAAAGGAAAGCACGAAUGGCCAGAAUCCGUAUUGCAAAGGUUACGAGUGGAGCGGCAUUUGUCAGUAAGAAGAAAGCCGUGGAAGCGAGGUUAGCUGCAAGGGAAUGUGGACAAGAAAUCGAAGAAUCUGCCGAAGAUAUCUUUGAAUUGCAACAUCACCAUCUUUUGAGAUGUUUAGAGAAAACGACGGAUCGCGAAUUUGUAGAAUUAGAAGUACCUUACAACGGUCAACCAAAUAGACCUUCCUCCACACCGCCAUUAUCGCCAGCUCCAUCUUUAUCUUCCCAAGAGAAUAAUUCGUUUCAGACUUGUUGUGGGAGACGUUGGAGUAAGAAGAAAUAUCAGCAGCACACUCCAGCAUCGGUGCAGGAAGAAGAAUUGAAUGACAUUCAAGUGCGCGUUCCCAAUAGAGCUCCUCAAACGAGUGAUUUUCAGCAGCAUCAUAUCAUCUCCAGGUCCAACUUGAACAAUCCGGUUCCCGUGGUGACCACAAUGUCCACCCUUCCCAUCGGAGGAUCGGUUACAACCACAGUCAUCACACCAAGCUCAAACUCGGACGCAGACCCAUCGGUACCUGUAACCAGUCAAGUACGCAUAUCAACGCUUUAAUUUUUUUGUGAUUGGAUACGUUUAUCCGGCCGAUAUGACCUUUCAAUUACAGUAUUGAACUGGUGUUUACAACCAGAUAAUCCUUUCCGGCCACACCGUUAAUUCCUACCGUGGAAAGAUCCCCAUCCAUAUCAUUGUACAGUGUUAAAAAUCUGCAGUUAAUUCCUCUCUUAUACACGAACCCACAAACCGACUUUCUGCUAAUCAGCAUCGAAUACUGUUAUGUAGUAACUUUUUCAAAGUUUACGCCCCGUUCCUUGUGAUCCUAAAAAUAAUAGAAAGGAAUGGUUCAUUGUAAAUAUAGCACUUACAGUUUCACGCCCUUCCUAGAGAACUACAGGGUCGAAGAGGAGACAUUCCAGUAUUAUUUAGUAUGCAAUAGGAAAAUGAUAUAAGGAACGAAGCCAAGUGUCGAACUAUCAGAAGAUCCUAGAAGUGAUAUAAAAAAUUGAUCAACUUGUAAAAUAUCCUUUCUGUAUAAAUGUUUUUUCUUCAAUUUUUUCUCUCUUAAACAUGGAAAAGACAUCUCUAUCUAGUACAUUCGUUGUUGCAGACAAAUUUGUGUCUGCAUUGGUUUACCUUUCAAACAACUAGUUCUUAGAUAUCUCCGCAAGGUUAUACACAUUUUAGGCCUCUUAUGCAGGCUUUCUUUACAAUUGCUUCUAUGAAUAAGUGCUGCAGGCUAAUAGAAUUAGGAUUAAAGACUAUUGCUAGCACAUCCAGUGCUUUUUGUACUUUAAACGAGAUAUCUUAGUACGUUGUCAGUGAUAAUUCUUUUUAAUUUAAUGUGUUUCAGGACUUUUAAAAAAUAACAUUAGCUAUUUACUACUAGACGUGUAUCAUUCCGUUUGGUAAUUUGUGUCUCUGUCAACAGCCAUAGCCAUCUUUAGAUGUCAAAGCUAGUUCUUUGAUCAUCAAUUUUUUGAACGAAUCUCUUUGUGGGCGCUUUCGAAUUGGAAUUGACCUGUUCCUGUUAAUACUCAGCAAUAUGCAGAAUCAGUUGUUAAAAAUAUGAUCACAUUCUAGUUUUAUAAAAAAGAUAAAAUAUAAUAAACGAUGUCUUUUGUCCUUUUCUCAGUUCAAGAUUGUACAGUACAAAGUUGUUGGAUGUACAGGUUUCAAAGCUUAUUAUUUUUUCCUUCACUUGUUCGUUGAUUGUUUCUCUGUUUUUAUUUAUUUAAAUGGAUCGUUUUAUACCCUUUUAUCUACAGAUGGAAAUAGCAGGACAUGUAUAAAACUCGAGGAAAUUAAUACUAGUAUUUGUCCGUGUAAGCAAGAAUGAUAUCUAGUGACUUAGGUAGAAGAUUAAAAAAAAGAAAGGCCUAAAGGCUUUAAAAAUAAUACAGAAGAUUAAAAGUAUAUCUCUACAAGUGAGAUGUUAUAAAUUUUACAUACAUUCUGUGCCUGGUAUGCACACUGCACUCGUAUUUGCACACUGUGUAUAAACAAAACAAGUGCAUAGAGUGUGAUAUAAUAUAUAUAUAUAUAUAUAUACAAUGAAACAACACCUUUAUAAGGAACUCAGGUGAAUAUAUAUAUAUACAGAUAUAUAAAUUAAAUAUAUAAAUAUAUACUGCCUGCAGAAACAAAUAUAGAAUAUAAAUUCCAAAAGAGCUUUUCUCAAGAGAAUAAUAACUGGAGCAUCGCACCUCUGGAAAGGAUUUAUCUGUCGAAGCGACAGACGACACUAAAAAAAUUACCAAAAUAAUAUUGUUAAGAGCUGUUGAUGUUUGAUUGAAGUUAUGAGGAGUGUUGCUGUUGUAAAAUAAUGUUGAAAGUUUUCGCUUUAUGGGAUUUAGACUUUUUUAUUCGAUAUAUAAAAUGAUAAAACAAGAUAGAUUCGGAUUCUGAUCUUGUUCUCUCAGGAAAAUGCUGUUUAAAAAAUAAACACAAAAAAAAGAAAAAAUGAUUUCUCUACUUAUUUUCGCAAUAUUCUAAUGUUCGAUACACAUUUGUCAUCGUUGUUGUUGUUUUUGUGAAAAUUUUUCUUCAAAUUUAUAUUCAAUUGCGGCGAAUGAAUGAAAUUCGCGAACAAACACUCGCCAGGAAGAUAGUUUAUCAACUUAGUCGAUUUAUUUUGGAUUGAUAAAAGGAAGAGUAGAUUGUGGUGAAAGUUAAUAUUAAAACAUUUAGAAUAUAUACAAAUAUCCGCAAUGUACUGUACAUAACAUCAAAGGCACAGAAGAUUGCUCAGCACCUUGCAAAUGUCCGUUUGGGUGACAUAAGAGUUAGGCAAGAAAAUAUGCUCAUAAGAAAAUAUAGUUUAAAAAAUUAAUUAACCGUUGUUGUAUUUUAACAAUAUACAGCAAAACAAAAUAAUAUUUAACUAAAAUCGAGUGAUUGUAAAAAUACAUCAUUUUUAAUAUUGCACUAUUGUUACUGUGAUUUACAGUCGAGAAGCUAAAGUCGGUGAGGAGUGUGGUAUAUAAGUUAUUAAAAAAACAGGCUUCUAGAUCAAUGAAGAAAGUAAAGUAGGACACACCAAAAUCGUUCCUUUAUUCUACUUGCAAUUUUAAAUUCAAACGUAGUUUGAUUCCACCUGUUUAUGUCCGAAUCAUCUGCAUUUCUAGACAACCAUUUUAGAUCUUCCUUCUUUAAACGUCGUCGACGAAGGCGAACAAGGAGUCUAAAAAGUAUUUCACGUUUUUGGGAUAUUUGUGAGUCACCUUUGCAUUUUUAAAUGCGAUUUACAGCUCUUUAAUAAAUAAAUAAAAAAGAUCAUGUAUGAGUGGAACCUUGAUCUAUACUUUUUACCAAUGCGGUUCUAAUUUAGUUUUCUACGAUUUAUAAAGAGAGGCCAACUCUGAUUUUUACAUAAAAUUGGAGUUUUAUCACCGUUUCCUAUUAUUGUUUUGCUAUUAUUAUUUAUUAUAAUAAUUAUUAAUAAUAUUAAUUUUCUUGUUCGAUGGCUCCGGUCAUUAAUACAAACUUAUUUAUUUAUUUUAAAUAAAUGCAAUUCUCUGAAGUUAAGACAAUCGUGAUUGAAAUCAGUCGAAAAAGGCUAAGUUUUCGUUUGUAAUAAUUUCCUUGGCUCAGGAUUUGUUUUGUUACGUGAUUUUUGAUGAAUUCAUCUAGUUAACUGUUAUUGUAAAUAACGUUUUUCUGUCGGUCUUCAAAUAAAGAAACAAAAAAAAAUAAAGAAAUAUAUUAAAAAAAAUUGUGAUUAUUAAAACUUUUUAAUCGCCUUAAAGUUGGAGUUUAGAUGUAAAGAAUAAUCUAUAUCGAAAUUUGUUAUAGCCCGAAACUAUCCUGAAAAAAGAAAGAGAAAAACUGUUAGUGGUAGCGAAAAGUUCUGU